CCCCCUGUCAGCCGCUCUCUGUUAAUCCGCCUUUCUCUCGCUCGCUCUCUCUCUCUCUCUCUCUCUCUCUUUGCGGUCACUAUGGCGGAAAUAAAAACAGGAAUAUUCGCCAAAAACGUGCAGAAACGUCUUAACCGCGCACAAGAGAAGGUACUGCAGAAACUGGGGAAAGCAGACGAGACCAAAGAUGAACAGUUUGAACAAGUGGUGAUAAACUUCAGGAGACAGGAGUCUGAAGGUUCUCGGCUGCAGAGGGAGAUGAAAUCCUACAUGUCGUCUAUUAAAGGAAUGCAGCAGGCGUCCAUCAACCUGACGCAGUCCCUGCAUGAAGUCUACGAACCAGACUGGCAUGGCAAAGACGACGUGAUGACCAUCGGGAAGGACUGUGAUGCAUUGUGGGAAGACUUCCAUAACAAACUGGUGGACUCGACGCUCCUGAACUUAGAUGGAUACCUGCAACAGUUUCCAGACCUAAAGACUCGUGUGGCCAAGAGAAGCAGGAAGCUGAUCGACUUCGACAGUGCUCGUCACCACGUUGAAACUUUGCAGACGUCUGGAAUGAAGAACGACCGCAAGAUGAUGAAGGCAGAAGACGAGCUGAAAAAGUCUCAGAAGGUGUUUGAUGAGCUGGAUGUGGGUCUGCAGGAUGAACUGCCGACCCUCUGGGACGGCCGAGUCGGCUUCUACAUCAGCACCUACAAGAGCGUGACGCGUCUGGAGGCAAAGUUUCACAGAGAAAUCUCCCUUGUGUGCAGGCAGCUGUAUGAAGUUAUGACCAAACUGGGCGAACAGCAUUCUGACAAGAUGUUCACCAUCCAAGGAGCCCCAAGUGAUUCAGGACCAUUACGACUUGCUAGAACCCCGUCUCCACCAGAAGACGAGAGUCCACUUGAGAGUCCAGAUUCCAGCUCCAAUCACAUGCUCCAUCCUGCCUCACCUGGACCACCGCGUCCAAAAUCCCCAACACAGUUUAAAAAGGGACCACCGGUUCCUCCACCCCCAAAGGCCACACCCACCAAGGAGGUGGCGGAGGAGCAGAUCAUCGACCUGUUUGGAGGAGAAUUUUUACCUGCACCUUCACCAUCGCAGCCCAAUGAACGUCCUGGAGAAUCUCUUCUGGACCUGGACUUCGAUGCUUUUCAGCCGGAUGACAGUGUUUCACCGAUACCACAGACGGCUGUACCUUGGGACAUGUGGUCGGGAAACUCUCAAACUGCUCAGCCUGCUGCAGAUGGCGGCUUCGUCGCCGACUGGUCUGCUGACUUUGGUUCGGUGUCAGCAAAUGGAGAUACCUCUUCGAGUGCCGAGGCCCCUGGAGCCGCUGCUGUAGAACCUGACGAGACGGAGGGCGAGGCAGAGGGUGGGGCUCAGGACCUGCACCAGGCAGAUGGCUGGCAGGCGGGUGGAGAUACAGCCACAAAUCCUCAGGACAGUGAGGCAGCUACAGCAACUGAAAACGAGGAUUUGUCAAACCCAUCAUUUUUUGCCCAUUUUGAUAAGAUGAACAACGAUCACGCUCCUGAGGCCUCCGACGUUCCAGCUGCUUCCGCGUUGGAACCAGCGGAGGAAGUGGACGAACCUGCAGCGCCUCCUGCUGGAGACGUGGAGGCACUUUCAACUCCCCCUGCUGGUGAGGAAGAAACAGCAGAUCGUUCUGGAAGUCCAGAGGAGGAGAAGCCUGCAUCGACUGUUGCUUCUCCGAGCUCUGACAACAUCAAAGUACACGAGAUUCCUGAAGCUGAAGAAGCAACAACACCUCCAGGUGAAGCAGCUUCAUCGGAGAAUAUGCCCAUCCCCUCAGUGGUGAUAGAACCUGCCUCCAGUAACGAAGGUGAUGACGACCGCGACGCUGACAUCAUCUCUCCCACUGUCCCCAGUGACCACGAUGAUCACAACCAGUCCAUCAAACACAUGAGUCCAUCUGGUGCAACGUCGAGUCAUCCUGGAGAUUUUCUUUACAAGGUGGAGACGAUGCACGACUUUGAUGCUGCAAAUUCAGAUGAGCUUGAACUGAGGAGAGGUGAUGUGGUGUUGGUGGUUCCCACGGCCUCAGUAGAGGAUCAGGACGCCGGCUGGCUCACUGGCAUCAAAGAGAGUGAAUGGUUAACACUCGGGGCUGCUGCUCAAAAAGGACUGUUCCCUGAAAACUUCACCCAGCGUUUGGAGUAAGACCAUUUUAUAGCAGGUCGAGAAAAUGAGAAGAAAUUUGAUACGUCCGUGUCGAAGCAGUUCAGCAUGUGGCCAGCCCCUCUCCUGAGAAACUCCGAUCAUCCUGCAGCUGUGUGCUGGAUCACAUAAGGCUUCUCUGAUACAUACAACUCUUUGUCAUUCUGAAAGUAAAACUCGUUGUACUAAAUACUAGUUCUAUUCUCUCAGCAGAAGUAUAAAUUUAAAAGCAUGGUGUGAUAGUAUUGUCUGCUUUUGCUGGAACUCACAUUUUAUUUUAAGAAAUAUAAUGAGUCCGAUAUUUUACCAACAAAAGGAAAAAAAAUUGUCUGAAGAAAAGCAACGAAAUGAAAAUGUGCACCUUCUUUACAUAAGUUUGUUGUACUGAUUUUAUUCUCGGCUGUUGAAUAUAUCAGAAAGUUUAGUGACAUCAUCUAUUUAAAUGUCUAAGUGUAAAGUGAAACUAACGAGUUGUUGUUACCUCGACGCAUGUUCUUCUGUUCAAGUCUGUGUGAUCAUUGAUUUACUGAUGUACGGUCAUGCUGUGUUGUUUUUUUCUACUUAGAAAUAUAUUAUUGAUUAUGGACCAACAAACAUUGCACAUCAAGCAUGAUAUUAAUAUUUUAUUAAAUUAUUUAAAGAUAUAAUAAAAAUAAACUAUUAUGAUACUGUAUGUCUGAAAAAGGCAAAUCUUGAAAAUCAUGUUUAUAAAAAUAUUAAGAAAAUCUUAUCUAUUUAUAGGUGUAAGAUGAGAGGGAAGGUAUUAACAAAUCCUAUUGUUAUCAUUGGUUUCCAUUUUCCAACUUUUCUGUAGGUCAGCAAAUUCAAUGUCAAGCUACUUGAGUUAAUCCUCCAUGUAGAUCUGUCUGUGAUGUACAUUCCCCAACA